AUUGUGAUACCUCGUAUAAUACAGAUUGCAAUUAGUAGUAAUGUUCGAAUUAAUAUAUUGGUUAUAAAGGUUAAUCAUUUAAAGAUUAAGUACAUUUUGCUCCACAAAAUUGGAAAACACAAUUGUCUUGCCCAAAAUCGAAUUAUUUCAUUGAGCAUGAUCUAACAGUUCUAACAUUCCUUAUAUUUCCAAAUCUGUUCAAGUAUUUAAAAAUUAUGAUGGAAUGAAGAAAUCCAUACACAAACAUGAAACGAAAAUAUUGUUACUUUUGGGCUAUCAUAUAAAAAGAGAUAUGAAGACUAUUAACAAACAUCAAAGUGAUUCAGACUCAAGUAAAACUUGUAAGAAAAAAAUAAAAAAGGAUGUUUUUGUAAAUAAUCAUGGAAGUGAUCAAGCCCUGGAAACUGAAUUGAAACAAAGUGAUAAUAAACGGAAAACUAAACAUCUAACUGAUGUUAACAAUAGUGAUAGUCCCAAGAAAAAACUACAUAAAAUUGAGUUUGAAAGUGAUUUGAAUAAACAAAGUAUAUGUGAAGAAUUGCCUAAAUCAUCUAAAAAAUCUAAGAACAAGAAAAAUCACAGUGAUUUGAAUGAGUCAAUAAAUAGCCAUAUUAUUGAUGGAGUUACGUAUAGUAAAAAAGACAAAUAUACAGAGCUGCUGGAUUUGGAUCUAAGUAAAAAGAAAAAUAAGAAGAAUAAAUCUAUUAAUGAGAAAACCGAAAAAAUAAACGACUAUCAAAAGGAUGAUAAUAAGGGUAAUUCUAUAUCUAGUCUUGAUUUAAGCUACCAAAACGAUUGUGAAAAAUUACAUAAAUCACCUAAAAAAUCUACACAUGGAAAAAAUAAUAGUGAAAUUAAUGACUCAUUAAUUAGCGUUAUAGGUAAUAACAUUUCUUGUAUUAAGAAAGAAGGUGAUACAGAAUCCCCUAAUUUGGGAAAAAAGAAUAAAAAGAAAAAUAGGCUAUCCAUUAAUAAUGAUAAUAGUUCAGAAGAAAUUAAUCAUAACAAGAAGGAUGAAAAUGAUGGCCUAGAAAAAAUCAGAAAAAAAGAAAAUAAUCAGACUAUUAAAACGGAAUUUGAAAAGAGUAAUAAGAGAAAAGUUAAACAGUAUCUAAAUGACAGUGAUGAGAAUAACAGUCCCAAGAAAAAACGAAUUAAAAUAGAAGUUGAAAGUGAUACAGAUUUUUAUAAAAAGAAAGACAGGAAAGGCAAAGAUGUUAGUAUUGAUGUAUCUCAAAUUUCAUCAAUACAUCCUGAUAAUUAUGAUGAUGAAUAUUAUUUGGAUAUAAAAGUCAAACAAGAAAUAACUGACAAGAAUAUAAAAGUAAAAAAGAAAUAUUCUAAAUCUAGUUUUGAUUUGAAUAAUCAAAGCGAAAAUGAAAUAUUGCCUAAAUCAUCUGAAAUAAAUAAGCAGAAAAAAAGUAAUCAUCAUUUAAAUGAAUCAGUAAAUAGGCAUAUAGUUAAUGAAGACAGUGCUUCAGAAACAUCUGAAGCUAAUUUUGGACAAAACAAAAAUGAAAAAUAUGUAAUGUAUAAUCACAAUGAUACUGAUAAUAAAAGUGAAAAAUUAAAGACCCAACAAGAUUAUACAAAAAAUGCAAAUAAAAUAAAAUCAGAAGCAAUUUCUCGUGAUAGCAUUAGUAGUGAGGAUAUUUCUAGUAACGAGGAAAAUACAAAUAAAAAGCAUAUUGAAAGAAAAUCUUUGCAACAAAGUUUAACAUUUGUUAAUGGGAAUAAUUUCGAAGAUGAAAAUGAAUCAAUUCAUGAGGAACAUCGGAAGAAAGAAAAAACAACUUAUUCAACAAUAUUUAAAACAAUUUCCAAAGGGAAUGACAAUUUAAAACCAGUUUUAAAUAAAAAUCAGAAAAAUUCUAUAAUAUCAAAUGAUGAUGAAAUAUGGAUUCUUAAAUGGCCACAGAAAAUUGAUGUUAAGACCUUAACAAAAAAUGAAAUUACAUUAGGUAGUAAAUGUAAAAUCAAAAUUAAUGAUAAUACUUAUUGUGGAAGUAUUGAAAACAACGUAAAUAAAGUCACUGUAAUGUCCCUGCAACAAGACAAUUAUGUAAUAAAUAAUCUUAAUCUUAAUGGUAUUAUAAAUUUUCGGAAAAGAAUUCCAAAGUUGCAUUUGCAGGACGAUGUUUCUCUAACAAAAAAUCAACCAAAUUUUGCCUUUUUACCGGAAGCUAAUUGUCGUCAUCCAUUAUUUGGCUCGGAUUUUAAAAGAGCUCUUAAACAACCGCAUUUUGUUGCAAACCAGUUAAAAGAAAAUGAAACUGAAAUAUUAAUGAUGCAAGAUGAAAACAGAAAAAAACAUAAAAAGCUAAAAAAACAUUUGAAAGAAGAAAAAGACGAAGAAAACAUUACCAUUGAAACUGAAUAUGACGCACAUAAAAAGUCGAGAAAACGCAAGUAUUCAGAUAAUAAGUCAAAACAUUCAACAAAGAAAAUGAAAGUACUUUCAAGCAAUCCUGAAUCUGCUGAAGCAUGGAAAUCAGAAAAAGCAAUUGAGGAAACACUUUUUAAUUUUUAAUAUUUGGUAGUACUUAAAAGUAAUGUAUAUAUGCAUAUAAUUUUAUAUGUCGUAAAAUCAAAACCUUCAGCAAAUAUAAGAGUUCCUUUAUACUUAUUAAUACGGAACCAUACACUUAAAGGCGGUCUUGAAUCUGCUAAAACAUUGAAAUAAGGCAAAGUAAUUGAGAUAAAAGGUUUACUAAUAGUAUUCGUAUUUAAGGUUAAAUAAGUAUAUAGAUAAUGUAAGGUCAAUACUUCGCAAAGGUAACAUCAAAUAUACAAAUCCUAUAUCUGGAAAUGUAAUGAUUAAAUAAUUCAUUUCUAAUGAAUUAAUCAUUAUAAUGUUAAUAUUAUUUAUUUUUUAUCUUUACCUGUAAUAAAUAUUUUAUUUUUUUUAUUGUG